GAUUUAAAACACUCGGCGGUGACGUGCAGUGCCAAAGGUCUGUGAACAUUUCAAAGCCCUAACUUUAACUUUUGGAUUCAUGGAAACAGUUUGUUUACUGGCUCUAAGUUUCGUUUUCGCCCUCUGCUCGGUAACUUUCGUUUUCCUUUCUGCGGCAGAGCGGCGCGCAGCGGCAGAGCGGCUCAGACUCAGAAAGCCUGUGCGUCAAACCAUGGCCAGGAGCCUGAAGCCUCUCGUCCAGCGCUGGAGCUCCCGGGUCUUUUCCGUGGAGCUGGAUGGAGCGCCUCUGUACUUUGGAGUCAGAGAGAAGCUCCGAGGAGGACCGGCCUCCCCUGCUGCCUUCUCCAAGCUGCAGCAGGAGGACAGGUGCUACUCCCUGCUGGUCUGCAGCUUGGACAGGAUCAGAGGAGACAGGUUUCACUGGGAGCUCAGGGACAAACUGCUGAGGGACUUGCCUCCGGGCUCUGAUGUCACCUCCAUGUCCUCCUUCCUCCCAGAGGAGAAGGGCUCUCUGCUCAAAGGCUACUUCUUUAAAAGCAGGGCUGAUGAUUCCCUCCAGGUGGAGGAGCUGUUAGGCGACCUGGAGCAGCGUGACCCGGUGUUGGUGUGUUCCUACUCUCGGAGUGAAGACGGUCAGCAGUGGACCCAGAGUCUGAGGUCUGCAGAGAACCACCUGCUCAGGUUCUACGUGGUGCCUUCAGAAGCGCCAGAGCAUCAUCCGUCUGUCCUCAACAUGAUCAACUCCGAUGUUUUCUACAGCUUGGAUGAGGCCAGCGAAGUGCUGCGAAAGUGCGAUGACAUCAUCCCAGAGACCAGGUCUGUGCUGAGGAUGCUUCCCAGCAGAGUGGAUGCCAGAAGCAGACCAGACUUCCCCGUUAUUGUCGUAGAGGGCCUGGAUGCCACAGGUAAGACCACGCUGACGGAGUCUCUGCGGGACGCCUUGGGCGCCGCGCUCCUGCGGUCCCCUCCCCAGUGCUUGUCCACCUGGAGGGCCCGCUUCGAUCGGGAGCCGCCCCUCAUUCGGAGGGCCUUCUACGCGGCGGGCAACUACAUCACUGCCGAGCAAAUCUGCCAGGAGGCCACCAGGUCGCCCGUUAUCGUCGACAGGUUCUGGCACAGCACAGCAGCUUACGCCAUCGCCACUGCGGUAACCGGCCCGGUGGGCAACCUGCCACACGAGGGCUCCGAGGUGUACUGCUGGCCCAGUGACCUCCUCCAGCCCAGCCUGGUGGUCCUGCUCACUCUGGACCCAGAGGAGAGGAAGAGGAGGCUGAGGAGCAGAGGUCUGAUGAAGACCGAUGAGGAGCAGGAGCUGGAUCACAACAAACUUUUCAGACUCAGAGUUGAGGAAGCUUAUCGGAGGAUCAUCGGCCCAGCCUGCAUCACCGUGGAUGCGAGCCCCUCUGCAGACCUAGUGCUCCAACAAGCGCUGCUUUUAAUUAGGGCCAAAUGCCACUUGUAAACAUUUCUCCCCCCCCAGCUGGCAGCCGAGGAGCCAGCGGGUGCAGUACCAGCUCUGGCCACUGGAUGCCAGUAAGGUGCUGUGAGUGAGGCGGCAGGAGGGCAGGGGGCCAGAUUGGAGUGUGGAAAAGAGAUUCUGCUCACAAUGAGCAAAGGUUGAGUGGCCAGGAGCCAGAACGGCAUGCUGCAGACAAAAAUACAUAUUAAUGGAGAACACAAACAUUUUCACACAGGAGGAUUGUCAAAAAAAAAAAGUCUGCAGUUCACUUCUAGCUGUGCUUUCUCACAAUAGGUUGUUGUGCAGCUCUCAGAAUCACACUUCUGUAAAUAUAACUAUUGGUUGAGUUGUUUUAAGUUUUCAGAAAUAAACUCUAAAUCUGAGCACAUCUUCAGGAAAAUAGACUCAAAGUGUGCAUUGCAAGCUCUGGCCAGAUAGUUAAACUCAAUUAAAACAACUUUGUUCAAUGCUAAGCAUGGCGCCAUAAUACGAAAUGCAUGCAACAAGUGUAAAUAAAAUGUCUAACUGUUGUCUCACUA